UCUGUUAAAUCCAACAAAGGCACAGUAGUUCCUUUUCAGUUGUAGACUUCCUCGAGUAAACUUUAAUUUCCAGAUGGCGGUUUCAAAACUCCUGUCGAAUUCCACAAUAAAGUUGUUCCAGGUGAACAAUGCGCUUGCGGUUUGUGCAAGAAGUUUAUCAACAAGUCAAGUCAGAUUUUCGGAACGAGAAAGGAUAGAAAAGAAAUUUGUUCUGCCGCAAAGAUAUGCAGGCACUGGAGAGAGUGUAUGGAACGAAUAUGCCCAAUUGGCAGCCGAUUAUAAACCAAUAAAUUUAGGACAGGGAUUUCCAGACUUUCCACCACCAAAAUACAUCAUGCAAACUUUAAGUGAAGUUUCAGGAGGAGAAAAUUAUAUGAUUCACCAGUAUACUCGUGGAUACGGACAUCCUAGACUAGUAUCGGCGUUAGCUAAAUUGUAUACAAAAAUGUUAGGAAGAGAAAUCAAUCCCAACACAGAAGUGAUAACAACAACAGGUGCUUAUGAAGCGUUAUUUUGUGCAAUUAUGGGACACGUCGACAUUGGCGAUGAAGUAAUUUUGAUAGAGCCGUUCUUCGAUUGCUGUGAACCCAUUGUCCAGUAUGCUGGAGGAAAAACGAGAUGCAUCCCAUUGAGAAUGAGAGAAGUGCAAGGCAAAAUACCAACGUCAGCUGACUGGGUAUUGGAUAAGAAAGAACUAGAAGGAUUAUUCAACGAGAAGACAAAAGUUAUCGUUCUCAACAGUCCCAACAAUCCACUUGGCAAAGUUUUCACCGAGGAAGAGAUGACUCACAUUGCCGAUUUGUGCAAAAAAUGGAACGUACUCUGCAUUUCCGAUGAAGUCUACGAAUGGUUAGUCUAUAAGCCCAAAAAACAUAUCAGAAUGGCUUCUCUACCUGGAAUGUGGGACAGGACGAUAACAAUCGGAUCAGCCGGGAAAACGUUCAGCAUUACCGGUUGGAAGACGGGAUGGGCCUAUUCUCCAGAAAAUUUGAUGGUUAACUUGCAAAUGGUUCAUCAAAACUCGACCUACACCGGAAUUACCCCGAUACAGGAAUCUAUUGCCAUAGCUUUCGAGAAAGAAUUGGACCGUUUUGACUCAGAUGAUUGUUACUUCAAAUCACUCAUGAGAGAGUUGGAAUCCAAGCGAGACUACCUUGCUGAAAUCUUGGCGGAUGUCGGAAUGAGGCCCGUUAUUCCCGAUGGAGGUUAUUUCAUUCUAGCUGACUGGACACCUCUUGCUUCAAAAAUUGAUCUCAGUAAAGAGAAGGACCAGUACAUGGAUUUCAGGUUUACGAAAUGGAUGACGAAGAAUGUUGGUCUUCAGGGUAUACCAUCAUCAGUAUUUUUUGGUGAAAAAAAUAAGGCGAUAGGAGAAAACUUCGUUAGAUAUUGUUUCACAAAGAGAGAUGAAGUUCUCAAAGAAGUUUCGAAAGUUUUGCAAAAGUGGAAGUCACAACAGUCAUAAGGAAUGGACUAUAUGGAAUGAAAUUGAAAAUUUGUGGAUAAAAAAUAAUAUACUACCACCUUCAAUGAUGAAAUGACAUUUUUUGAUGUGCAGUUCCCAAAUAGAAUAUAAGUUUAUCUUGUGUGUAGUUCAACUAUUUUAUUUAUACAUUCUGAUAUGUGUUACAACAAAAUAAAGGAAUUUUUAAUAA